AUGGCGGAUUUAAGGCGGGAGCUGAACAAUCAAGAAGAACAGCUCCGUGCCGCCCAAACUCACCUGAAAACUUGCAAACAGGCUGUUGAACGGCAUAAGAGAGAAGCGGUCGGUUUGAAAGUUGCCAUGCAGAGGCUAGAAGAUCGUCGCGAGGAGCUCGAGAAUGCACUUGAUAAAGAAACCGUGGAAGAUGGGCGUCUCGACGUAUUGCGGACCACCCUGGAAGAAGCUGAGGAAGAGCGACGUAUCAAUGAAGGGUCGUUGCAAGACAGCACCGCAGCUAUGGACUCGAUGAUGAGAACUUUGAAAGAAAUCAAGCAGAGACUUGCGGCCAAAGACGCUGAUAUCAAUAAGCUGAAAGAAGAGGUCCGUGUUGCGCAGAGUGAGGAGCUCAAGGUAAAGGACCGACGCCGGAAGAUCAUUAGCGAGAAAAAUGCAGCAAUCGAGCGCAUCAACGACAGGAAACGGGUCAGAGAUCGGAUCUACCAAGAGAGAGAAACAGUUAAAGCUCGCAUUGUGGAUUUCAGCGAAAAGGCUAGUCUUGUUUCGCCCCGUGUCCCUAUCGAGGAAGGAGAAACUGCUGCCAGCCUGGAUAAGAAGCUGGAUCGGCUCCACAGAGAUCUGGAGCGAUACAGCCAAGAGUUGGGGGCUUCCCGCGAUGAAAUCGCUGCAGAAGCCCAGCGAGCAGCCUCCACAUACGAGCAGGCGUUGAAGCAAGCCGAAGAAUUCCGGCUCCUUGCAGAUGUCCUUAAACAAACGUUGAGUGACCGCAAGAAACGUUGGCUGAUUUUCAGGUCCCAUAUCUCCACUCGAGCCAAAGCCCAGUUCACUUAUCUCCUGAGCGAGAGAAGUUUCAGAGGACGACUCUUGACCGAUCAUGAGGGCAAGCUUUUAGAUCUACAGGUUGAGCCCGAUAUCACUAAAGACAGCACUGGGCGUGGCGCGAAAACUCUUUCCGGAGGAGAGAAAUCGUUCUCGCAAGUCUGCCUUCUGCUGGCCCUUUGGGAGGCUAUGGGAUCCCCUGUCCGAUGUCUUGAUGAAUUCGACGUCUACAUGGAUUCCGUCAACAGAAAGAUGGCAAUCGAUAUGCUUAUGCUUGCCGCUAGACGUUCGAUAGGCAGGCAGUUUAUCCUCAUCACACCUGGAUCCCGAUCCGAGAUUAGCUUGGCGCCUGAUGUUCGCGUAAAACAGUUGGCUGAGCCUGAACGAGGACAGACAAGCCUACCGUUCCAGGGGUAA